GUCACCAAAUAUUAGUCCUUUCACAGUCUCAAACUCUUUCCCUUUUAUAAGAAAUCAAACUACCUGGUCUCUUUCUUACACCUGAACUUCUUCUACAUCCUUCACAGAUCUCUAGAGAGAGAGAGAGAAAAGGAGCAAUGUUUAGCCAGAGCUUGCUUGAAGAUCAUCAAGAUAUGUCAUCACAACUUGGAUUUUUCUCUUUUCCUCCAAAUUACAACAACGUGGGCAUGAUUAGUACUACUACUACUGCUACUCUACCAUUUAUUGGAUACAACCAAAAUACUCUAAAGACCCUCACUAUGAAUAUCCCUCCCUCUUUUGAUCAUUCCUUAAAUAUUCAAGAAUCUACACAUGAUCCAAGGCGCAAAGAGGACCUUAGUCCUAUAUUUGGGGGACCCCAUCUUCAUUCCUUGCAAAAAUCCACUCCAAAUACAUGGGCAUGGGGAGAAGUGAAUGAGAGCAGCAAUAUUAUUAAGAGAAGGGAGUUUGAUCAUGAUCAUAAUUUAGGGGUUUCAUCAAUCAAGAUGAAGAAGAUCAAAUCAUCAAGAAGGAAAGUAAGAGAACCAAGAUUUUGUUUCAAGACUAUGAGUGAUGUGGAUGUGUUGGAUGAUGGUUAUAAAUGGAGAAAAUAUGGCCAGAAAGUUGUUAAAAAUACCCAACAUCCCAGGAGCUAUUAUCGAUGUACACAAGAUAAUUGUAGAGUUAAGAAACGAGUGGAGAGAUUAGCAGAAGAUCCGAGAAUGGUGAUCACAACAUAUGAAGGGAGACAUGUUCACUCUCCAUCACAUGAUGAAGAGGAUUCACAGGCUUCAUCACAACUUAAUAAUCUCUUAUGGUAGUCACAAAAUAUGGCACGGUCUUUUUAUAUACUCAAUUUUAUUAACCCUCUUUGUUUUUUCAUGUAAUGGAGAUUAGGUUUCAUUUCCUAGUUUACUAAUGAUGGAUGCUAUUAACUAUAAAGUCCAAUAUGUAAUUUGUUAUGUGGACCACUGGACUUGGCUCUUUACUUUGAUGGGCCUCAUGCCUCCCACUGUAUUGUAAGUUGAAGGCGAAAAAUUGAGAACUAAAUUUGUGGUCUGA